UGACCCUCUUUUUUGCUAAUCAUGUCAUUCCAACGUAACUAAUAAAAAUAAAAAAGUGCCGAGAAAAAACACCUCUGUAUUCUGUACCCAUCUCUGUGACACAAAUAUAGGCAUGGUAGAUCGCUAUUAUAAGAUACUGUGAGCAGAGGACGAGAUUUGUUGUGUUGUGACUGUUGUCAAAGAUUAAGUAUACCUACGAUUUGAACGCACCCUAAGCCUAAAAAUUUGUUAAAUCAAUAAAGUAUAAUGGGUGAGAGGAACUGAGGAAUCGUUUUAACCAUAAUUCGCAUGAAUACUGGAGUUUGCAAAAGUGAAUGUACCAGAACGCAGAUCAGCUGAACCGCUUUGAUCUGAAAAGCAAAGUAAAAACUAAGUUUUGGAACGCAACCUCUAGAGUGUGGAACCGUGGUGUGAAGGAGCCGAACGAGAGGUGGAUGACAACGGAGAGAGCAAAGCACGACGGAGUAAAGAGAGGGAGGAGAGAGAGAGAGAGAGAAAAGAGGUAUAUAGAGGAAAAGAAGAAGUCGAAAGCUCACCUCUGUCAGUACUGUCAGUAGAGCAGCGGAGCCAUAAGAAAACGGGAGUGUUUGUCGUGCUGCUGUUGCUUCGCGUCCACGACUCCAAGGGUUCCGAGCGGGAACUGCGGGGAGCCGCACCUACAAGCCUUUCAUGUGAGUGUCAGUGUUGAUAAGUGGACGCGUCGCUGUCGCGCGUGCAUCGACAUAUAAUUAUCUCCAUCCAUUUAUAUACCCUUUUUCUUUAAACUUUUAACAAAUUUCCCUCCCCUCGCCUUUUUUCUGCUCCGACAGGCGAGCAGUAAGUUAGUAACAAAAUAGUGAAAAGGCACGGAUACGUCAGAGCGCCCAGCGCCAGAACACAUAAGUCAUCAGUGCGUUUGUGUCCUCUUUGUACCCAAGUGUCGUGUGACAACUCUCUGGUGAAAGCUCACUUACGGAACCAUCCUCUUGUACUCCGUACAGUGUAGUCAGGCUAAAGGUUCAACGUUCAACGGUACUAAAGCCAAAGACGACCAUACCCGGAGGAGGAACAGUGUAUAGUCUUGGACGGCUCGUGCGGUGCGGUGUCGAUAACUCCUUCAGAGAAAAACAGCAACCGUUACGCGCUCGCUCCUCAGCCGGGGUCCCCUGCAGGAUUCUCCGGCAGCGCAGACGAGGACAGGAAGUGAGGGACAAUUGGUGUUGACAAAAAUGAGUUGUCAAGAUGAUUCGAGUAGAUUCAAGCUGCCACAACACGUAAUUGAUAUCAUUCUGGAGUUUGCCAUUACUCAUUUUCUCGAGCAACCAGAGGACACUAUUGACUUCGCCGUGGAGUACUUUACAAAUCUCAGGGAGAGUCGGCAAACCCAGCUGAUUCAGAGCCAGACAUGCAUCUCCACGCCUGAUGAAUCUGUGGAAGAAGAGCCACCAGUCGGCAGGUUCGCCAUCCGCAGGAAGAGCGUCUUCGCCGAAACUUACAACCCCGAGGACGAUGAGGAGGACGAGGGAGUCGCGAUUGUUCAUCCAAAGAGCGACGGGCAGCGACAGCGGCUCAGCGAAAGUGUCAGGAACAUCUUCCUCUUCCGUUCCCUAGACAAGGAACAAAUGGCAGGUGUGCUGGACGCGAUGUUCGAGAAGACUGUCAAGCCUGGGGAAUUCAUUAUCCGGCAAGGUGACGACGGGGACAAUUUUUAUGUCAUUGAGAAAGGACAAUACGAGGUUUACGUAAAGGACGCACUAAUUCAUACUUACGAUAAUAGCGGUUUCUUUGGUGAACUGGCUCUUUUAUACAACAUGCCUAGAGCUGCCACUGUCAAAGCCAAAACUCCGGGCACACUGUGGGCCAUGGACAGGCAGACUUUCCGUCGUAUUCUUCUCAAGUCUGCCUACAAAAAGCGUAAAAUGUACGAGGAUCUCAUUAAUAAAGUACCAAUGCUCAAAUCGCUUGAGAGUUACGAACGACUGAACUUGGCUGAUGCUCUUAUUCCGAAACAAUUCGAUGACGGGGAGCAAAUCAUUAAACAAGGCGAUAAUGCUGAUGGCAUGUACUUUGUUGAGUCGGGUGUCGUUAGAAUCACGAUUCUUGGUGAGAAUGGACGAGAAGUCGAGGUAAAUCGCAUACCAGCUGGUGGCUACUUGGGUGAAUUAGCACUGGUUACACAUAAACCUCGAGCAGCUUCCGCGUAUGCUGUUGGCAACGUUAAAUUGGCCUUCCUGGAUGUAGAAGCAUUCGAGCGUCUCUUAGGCCCUUGCAUGGAACUCAUGAAGCGCAAUAUUGACGAUUACGAGGAUCAAUUAAUCAAAAUCUUCGGCAGCAAAACUGAAAUAUCCGAUGUCCGAUGAAUCAGUGCGUACGCCACAAUCCGUACCAUCGCUGUAUGAAAAUAAAGAAAAAUCUUCAAUUCCACAGCGAAGCACAAACUCUUUACUAUUCGUUUGUGAAUCUUCAUCCGCAUACUUAAACAAAAAGAGUCUUUAAGGGAAGCUCUUUGACUGUUCACUAGACUCUGUAUCAUCCAUCCGAUCGUUAAGUAGCUGCAGCGUUUAUAUUUACUAUCUCGUUAUGUAUUAUUUUUUUUUUAUUAUAAUUAUUACUAUUAUAUUAUGUUAUUAUUAUUAGGCCUAAAAUGGCAGACGAAAAAUAUUACAAACACAUAGUCCUCGAAUAAGUACGAUGCGCCCAAUAAGGAAUAUUCAUAAAGACUGUAUUAGAUUGGAAAGUAUUACAGUUUUUUAUACACGCGUAUAUAACACACGACACAUUUGGUUCAUGAUUAAGUUGCAAGUGCCAUUUUUGAUGAAUGUGCACUCACGCACAUAGACACACGUAUUUAUACAUAUAUUGAUAAACCUUCGUUGUUGCAGUUGACUAUAUUGCCAUAUAUGUAAGAACGGAAAAAAAGGUUAAAUUUAAAAUAGUUGCGAAGGUAAAUUAUACUUUUAUUAAAACACAAUCGGUGCUAUAUCAUACUGUUCCAUGCAGACACGUCUAGUGAGCCACUGAUAGAGUUUUAUUUAUUACACACUAAAUGAAUCCAAAGGCAUACUUGUUAUUGAAAAAAAAAAAAAAUUAAAAAAAGCAAGUUUAAGAUUUCAUUGCCAUGAACGUACUAGAGUAACCAAAAAAGAAAAACAUGCUGAGUUUAUGUCAGGACAAACUUGGUGAUAUACUCGGAACAUAUCACAUUCUCCCUGCUACUCAUGUGUCUUCUCCAUUUCCUCUUAUUAAUUGAUAGUGUGUCUUUCCAUACAUUCAUGUACCGUCGCUCCUGUCAUUCCUCAUCUAAACCUCGUUAUAUCAUUAUGGUUUUUGAAUAAUAUUAGCCAUGUUCUUUGUAAUUUUUCAAAAGUCAUUAACAAAUCUCUUACUUUAAACAACUAGUCGUUAGCAGUAACUCAACACUUUGUCAUUUCCAAAAUUGUUUAUCGUCCAUUCCCAUAAUCUUUAUUGAGCUGGUAAUUUUAAUCUUUGAAAUAACGCUCAAAAUUAGAUGUAAUUGUCAAACAAGGAAAGUUCAAAAAUGCAUAACGCGCACCAAAUGAAGGUCUCUUUGAUUAAAAUUUUUAUAAUCAGUGUUAAGUAGAUAUAUAUAUGAUUUUAUUAGAUAUUUCACUUUACAUUUUAAAAUGAAAAAAAAUGUUAACAUUCCUAUUUGGCAUAUUUUGGAAGGCAAAUUCAAGGGGACAGGAAAAAAUGUCAUUUACACCCAACAAAGAUAUUAAUCUAUUGAAAAUUCCUUUAAACUCUUGCAGUUGAAUGACAAAUAAAAAGUAAUCUACGAUUUACUUUUUAUUGGGUGUACACUAAAAAAAUUUUAUUGUGAUUUUUUGUUAUUUUAUUUUACUUCUUGUGUUAUUUAUGGUAAUCUAUUGUUUUUCGCAGAAACAAUAGAAAUAUUGUUAUGGAAAUAAUAGUUAAUCUUUUUCUUUAAGAAAAAAAAGAAUGUUUAAUAAUUAUAUAUUUGUUGCCUGAACUUGCUUUAUGUUUCUUACACAAAUCUCCUGGAUAUCGUAAUUUGGGAGUAAAACUAGGUGAGAUGAUUUUCCGCUCAAGUAUGUAUGAGAAAAGAAUGUUUUUGCGUAAACCGACAUUAAAAGAAAAAUAUAUCUUUGUUUCUAACAAGAGUAAAGUGCGGUUGAAGCUUAAAGUGUAAAAACAAUUUCUUAUUUUAUGGUUUGAUCAAGAAACAAAAUAAUUAUAUGUUAUUUAUGCAGAAAUGCAGAGAAAAAAAACUUAUACUUACGAGGCUAAAUAAUUUUUAGUUAACAAAAGAGAACAGAAUAAUCGGUGUGAAGUACAAAAGAGAGUUUUUUGAUUUUGUCAGACUCGUAUCUCGAGAGUUUGAUGGUGUUAAUGAUUCAAUUGAUAUAAUGCCAAGACGCGUGCGCAUUGCUAUGCGGCAUAUUAAAAAGUGACAGCGCUAAAAAAGUGAUCUCAGUCAUCGAUUCCCUUCGUUAUUUUCAUUUACAAUAAUAAUCAUGAAACAGUCUUAUUUACUCGUUUGGAAAUGUAUUUUUUAGUUGCAUCGUCAUCUUGAGAUGAGAUCGUUUCUUACAACAAUUUUAAGUAAAGCAAAUAAAGGAAAUCGGUCGCUGAGCAUACACUUGUUAAGCAGAAAAAACUGACGCAAAGAGCUAGAAUACAUAUAACUGCUUAUGCAAGUAAAACAUAAAAUUGAGUCUCUCCAGCUUAGAUAUCCUCGUCGCCGGGACGAGGACGUUGUAGGGAAUUGUAGGACAAUCACUUCUGUUGUUACAAUCGACUUAAUCAACACACAUAUAUUUUCACGUACACACAGAUGCAGCAUCAUUUUUUUAUCUUACUCUUUUUUCGCUGAUUUUGUUUGUUGCUCCAUCAUCAUUUUACAGUAAUUUGAUCACAAAAUAAAAUAGCAUUUUUUUUUAAACGCGGAUAUCGUGCUAUGCUGUGCUCAUUUUUUAAAAUCAACAUUUUUUCUUUCAAAUACGUACUUACUGUAUAUUUAUCGGUGAUUUUAAACAAAAAUUAUAGCUUUGAAUGGUAGUUAUAAAAUACCGGAAAUUAAAGAAAAAAAUUAUCGAAACGAUUAUCUGAACAUUAUUUUCUUAAAAUUUUAUACUUCUACACGGAUCUCUAUCAAUUAAUAUAACGAAUUGGAAACAAAGAGAGAAAAAAAACUUAUUUUCACUUUAAAAGGUCUGCGGAACAAGUAGCGUGUUGACACGAAAAAUUGAUUUAAGCUAAAAAUUUCCUUCUUUGCCAAGUCUUGUUAUCGAGCAGAAAUAAAUGUGCUAUUAGCGUUAGUUAAUUAAAAACAAUUGAGUUCUUAGUUAAGAGUUCAGCAAGCUUCGGAAGAGAAUUUUGAGUACAGAAAAAAUUUUUUGUACGUGUAAAUACGCUGGUGCACCAUCAAAAA